GUAGACUUUGCCCUGGGGGGACAUUUACAGGAAGAGAAGGAUCGGAGCCCUGUGUAAGAGGGAAGGACUCAUUACCUGCCGAUAAUCUUUUGGGAGGGUAACAUGGAUCAAUCUAAAACAAGCAGUGAAGCCCAACCUCCACCGCCCUACUCUCAGGACUAUAGGCAACAGAACCCCUAUGCCCAGCAGAACCCCUAUGGGCAACGGAACACCUACGGCCAGCAGAACCCCUAUGGGCAACGGAACACCUACGGCCAGCAGAACCCCUAUGGGCAACGGAACACCUACGGCCAGCAGAACCCCUAUGGGCAACGGAACACCUACGGCCAGCAGAACCCCUAUGGGCAACGGAACACCUACGGCCAGCAGAACCCCUAUGGGCAACGGAACACCUACGGCCAGCAGAACCCCUAUGGGCAACGGAACACCUACGGCCAGCAGAACACAUAUGGUCAAAACAACUAUGGUCUGAACGUUGGCCCUGGCAACAUAGCGGUGGUCUCUCCAGCGGGUCAGUAUGACGACAUGGGUCAGGGUCAUCCUGAGGACCAGCAGCAACGUUCGGCUCCUCCACUGCCACUACAGGCUGACUAUUCCACUGGGCUGGAGGACACCGGCUGCUUUGAUGACAAAGCUAUAAGAAGAGGCUUCAUAAAGAAGGUGUACCUGACUCUGAUGUUUCAGCUUCUGCUCACCUUUGGAAUCAUCUGUGCCUUUCUGUAUUGGGAGGAUCUGAGGGUCUGGUCCAGGAACACCUACUGGUUUUCUUACUCCAUGAUGGCAGUGGUGCUCGUUCUCAUAAUAGCCUUGUCCUGUUGUGUCAACAUACGUCGGAAGGUCCCGCUCAAUUUCAUAGCCUUGGGACUGUUUACCAUUGCAGAAGGUCUACUGCUGGGCUCUGUGACCGUGUUCUAUGAGGCGGACGCUGUUAUGUGGGCUGUGGGCGCCACAGCACUGGUCUCCCUAGCUCUGAGUGCCUUCGCCAUGCAGUCCAGAUGGGACUUCACCUUAGCCAGUGGGGGCUUGUGGGUGUUCGGUUGGACUCUCAUAUCCUUUGCAUUGUUGUGUGGAAUCAUGCGAUCCCAGUACCUUUACAUUGUGUAUGCUUGCCUGGGGACCUUGCUAUUUUCUUUGUACCUGGUGAUGGACACCCAGCUGAUACUGGGCGGGAAGCACAAAUACAGCAUUUCCCCAGAGGAGUACAUCUUUGCGGCUCUCAACCUGUACCUGGACAUCAUCUCUCUGUUCACUUUGCUACUGUCACUCAUUGGACUCAGCCGUUAACUUAAUACAUUGUCUUACGUCUGAUAGCGCAACAAAGCCACCUGCCCUGAUCCGUUGAGGAGGAGUUACACCACCUGUCGAAUACGAUGCCUUUUAAUAUGGAUCAGCGUCAAAAGAAUUCGGCCAGAGAAAGCACUUCCAUGUUUCGUAUUCUUUGAUGUAUAAAUUACCCCAUUGACAUUCCAUGUUAUGCAACUCAGUGCCUUCACUAAGUAUUCACACCCCUUGAUUUUUUCCACAUUUUGUUGUGUUACAGCUUGAAUUUUAAAUUGAUUAAAUUGACAUUUUAUGUCACUGGUCUACAAAACAAUACCACAUAAUGUCAAAGUGGAAUUAUGUUUUUAGAAAUGUUUACUAAUUAAUUAAAAAUGAAAAUCUGAAUUAAAAAGUUGUCAGAUAUUCUUCA